AUGAACCACACGGUGGAUGAUCAAAACAUGGCUUUUAUCUCUCAGUUGUACCCUGAUGUCUACACUCAGAUAGUACCACACCAAGAAGUGAAGCCACCGAAGCGGAGGAGGAAGAAGAGCAAAGCAGCGGUGGCUGCCGGAGAUGGAAGUUUCUUCAGGAAGAGAAAGCUUACGGAUGACCAAGUGAACAUGCUGGAGAUGAGUUUUGGUGAUGAGCACAAGCUUGAGUCGGAGAGGAAAGAUAAACUUGCGGCGGAGCUAGGGCUUGACCCUCGCCAAGUUGCUGUUUGGUUUCAGAACCGUCGUGCACGGUGGAAGAACAAAAGGCUCGAGGAAGAGUACAAUAAACUCAAAACUUCACAUGACGACGUCGUCGUUGACAAGUGCCGUCUUGAGUCUGAGGUUCUUCUGCUCAAGGAACAACUCUAUGAUGCAGAGAGGGAAAUCCAAAGAUUGGCAGAAAGAGUAGAAGGAGGCUCGAGCAACAGUCCGAUUUCUUCUUCAGUUUCCGUCGAAGCCAACCAAACGCCGUUUUUUGGAGACUAUAACGUCGGAGACGACUGUGACGACUAUGAUAACAUGUUUUAUCCGGUGCCGGAAAACAGUUACAUCGAUGGAGCGGAAUGGAUGAACCUAUACGUAUAA